AUGGCACAAAAGGAAGUCUUCGAGAUAAAGCAGCGAACAGACAAAUGCCUCCAGCUCAUCAAGGACUGGAGAUGCCUGGAAUGCGCAUUGCUGGACGAUAUUCACGCGUUACUAUGCUCAUGGCGCUGCGACGAAGACUCACGGUUCCUUCCAGACGAGUCCACUUACCUGGAUUUGCGGCUACGAAAAUUCCCUCUGCUGGCCAGAUACAUUGAAGAGCUCUUGGACGACAUGUAUGGCCUCAUACAGAGAAUACUCGACAAGGUUUUCGAUCUUGACAUUUGCAUCUAUAGAAUUUCGUUUAUGGAACCAGAGAUGGGGGACGACGAGAUUAAAAAGGAACUCUAUUGCAGGAGGCCGGAAGGUGGCCCUUACCUCGUGAGGACUGACUGUGGCGAGACUCGACAAUUCCGCCGAGAAAAAUUCUGGUUGUCCGGUGAGAGAAAAGAAGCUCUGGAUAUCCAGAUGCUGCUCUCACGCACGUGUCAGGUGGUGAAUCAAUGUGGCAUCCUCAGCAGAGCGUCUGAGAUUCACGGCUAUAGAGAGACGCUUAAAGUUGAUGAUGAAGUCAUUGAUGGCAUACAACAAUUCGCAGAACGUUGUCGGAUCCUCGUCGAGAACAGUUGGCCCGCUGCCCCGGCCUCGACUAAAGCCCGCUUGGUCUACGGCAUGGUUCUUCGGCGCCAAAACCUUUGUUAUUUGCGCGACCGGGAACGAACGCUGGUCAAGGUUGAGAAACCAGAAACGCCGCCUCCGGCCAUGGCCACGGCCACGGCCACCGCAAUGGCAACUGGAGAGCCCGUGUCUGCCUCCAUGUCAUAUUCGCAAGCUAUGAAGCCCAAGCUUAUCCAAUCCAUUGGCGAAACAAACUCACUGACUCCUCCAGGAUUUUUUACCGGUCUCCGCCUGGGAAGGGUCGUCAGGGAUCAAACAGGCCAGCCACGAUAUCAGCUGAACUGUAUGGAUAAGAUCGGUCACUUGUUCCCUCCUGCCCCUGAUGCCGCAAACGAUGCGGAAUGCUUGGAGUGCCCAUACUGCUUUCAAGUCUGCCCUGCGGAAGAACUUCAAGGAGAACGUUGGAGAGAGCACCUAAUGAGGGAUCUUAUGCCAUACAUCUGUCUCCUUGAUGGCUGUUGUAUGGUAGACACCCUUUUCGAACAGCAUGAGGACUGGAUCUACCACAUGGUUAACCGACACGCAACUCAGGUGUGGAUAUGUCCGGAGCACCCUUUCCUAAAAAAGUUUCGGAGUAAAUCCAGAGAUGGACUCGAAACACACAUCCGCGAGCAGCAUCCAGGAGAGGUGCAGGAGGCCAUAAUGGCAAAGUUCGUCGAUGAGUGUGUCCGUCCGGAUCCGAGAGUAGAGCCCUUGAAAGAAUGUCCGCUCUGCCUGGAUGCGCUUGACACGACGCAGAUGUCAGUUAAUGAUAUUCUCAACCAUGUGUCGGAGCAUCUUAUUUCUCUCGCGCUACUCUGUCUGCCUCAGGCGGAUGAUGCUGCAGAGAGAACCUCUUUAUCCUGA